AUGGCUAACACAGAAGUCGGGAAGGCUGGACCUGCGAAUUCUGAGGAGCUCAGCCCUUCUUCCAAGAGAAAGCAGCCUGGAGACCAGAAGGGAGAAGAUGAAGAGCCUUCGCCUUCGGAAAGUGGGGGAAACAGCGGGAAGAGCUCCCCGGAGGCCUCUCCCGUGAGACCAGGGAGCAGCAGGCAGAGUCAUAGGGAGGCCAAGAACUCCAGGCAGAAAAGAUCUCGGCAUAGCUCGGGUGGCUCCCGCCUUGAAGAGGAGAGGAGUGCGAGCCCACCUCCCGCCAGAAAGAGAGGAAGGGACAAGCCUGAGUCUACCAGAGCGAAACAACACCGGGCAAGAGAUUCCCGGCACUCAAAACACCCUGUCAAGGACAGAAGGGCCCACCCUAGAUCAACUGGGAGGACUGUCCAGCAUGGGCAUCGCAGAGACACCCUCGCUGCUCCAUACAACUCUCUCAAGAGGCGCAGACAACAUUCUCCAGAAGCCUGCUCAUCCAGGUCGCUCUCACCGCUGUCCAGAGUCAUCACCCACGUGAGUGCCUUGGAGGUGGUCCUGGAAAACCUGCAGGUCCCUGGAGGGGCCUUCCUGCGUGUGCCCUCCAGCAGCAGGGAGCCCACCAUCUCCCAGCGCGCCUGGCUCACGUGGCAGCUGUCCCAUGCGGGGGCCGCGCUGCACUGGGCGCUUUACAUAGUCAAUUACAUCUUGGCUGUGCAGGCCUGGAUGCGGAGAUAG